UAUGAACAGACGUCUGUGCGGUCACUCCACACUCUCCCAGCAUGCAGUCUGUACUGAGGUGUUUGGACCUGGGUUCUGCAGGGCUGGUCCUGUUGCUCAGCCUCGUCUCUCUGGUUCUGCUUGAGAUCUUCAGGUUAAGGUUCUCCAGGAGCCGCGGUCCCCCUGGUCCCACUCCACUGCCCUUCAUCGGGAACCUGCUCCAGAUCAUCAAGGACCCGCUGAACACUAUUAGAUCGAUGGUGCAGUACGGUGACUUGUGCACUGUGUACAUGGGCAGGAAGCCAAUGGUCGUGUUAAACAGCUACGAGCUGGUGAAGGAGGCGCUGGUUCAGAACGGUACCGUGUUCUCCGGGAGGCCAUACAUGCCUUUAAUAGAAUGGGUGACUAAAGGCUACGGUAUCACAUUUGUUACGUACAACCAUAUGUGGAAGCAGCAGCGGCGCUUUGCCCUCCACACACUACGCAACUUUGGUCUGGGGAAGAAAACGGUGGAGGAGCGAGUGGUCGAGGAAGCACACUGUCUGAUAUCAGAGAUGCUCAAACAUGAAGGGAACUUACUAAACCCCACACACCUGAUAAUGAACGCUGUCUCCAACAUCAUCUGCUCUAUUGUCUUCGGAGAUCGCUUCGACUACGACGACAAGCGUUUCACUCGGCUCCUGGAAAUCCUGAAUGAAAACAUUCGACUGUUUGCCUCAGCUGAAGGAUUGACUGUCAAUCUGCUACCUUUUAUAAAACACCUCCCUGGUCCACAACAGAAGAUCCAUCAGAAUGCCAAUGCUUUAUUAGAGUUUAUCCGUGACAUGGUGGAGGAGCACAGGACAACAGUGGACACGGAGAACCUACGUGACUUCAUCGACGCCUACCUAGUGGAGAUGAGCAAGCAAGAGUCACAUGAAGAUUCAACGUUUCAUGAGGAGAACCUGCUGAUGUGCACUGCUGAUCUUUUCCUUGCGGGAACUUUGACCACAGCUACCACUCUCAGAUGGGGUCUGAUCUUCAUGAUGAACCAUCCAGAAAUACAAGAUCGUUGUCAUGAGGAGAUUGUUCGCGUACUUGGUUACGAUCGCACUCCCAGCAUGGACGACCGAGCAAGGCUGCCGUACACACACGCCACGGUGCAUGAGAUCCUGCGCUUUGGGAACAUCGCUCCGCUUGGCGUAGUUCACGAAGCUACAGAGACAACUCAGUUACAAGGAUACACCAUCCCCAAGGGAACGCAGAUUUCACCCAACUUAAUGGCCAUAAUGCAGGAUAAGGAGCACUGGACAUACCCGGACACGUUUAACCCAGAGAACUUCCUGGACGAGAAGGGACAGUUCUGCAAAAACGAGUCCUUUCUGCCUUUUUCUCUGGGUCCGAGGGCGUGUCUCGGUGAAACACUCGCCAGGACAGAGCUCUUCAUCUUCUUCACGACUCUUCUGCAGAGGUUGCGGUUCUCCUGGCCACGUGAUGCCGCGCCCUUUGAUAUGGAUGGGAUUAUGGGCGUAGUCAGGAUGCCCCACCCCUUUCAUAUCACUUUACAUAGUAGGGAACAUGGUCGCCACUAGAACCCUUUAACCUGAGCGUGUGCUACAGGAUCGAUCUGCUGUACUUCACUGUCAUCCCACGUUUAACCCAAAAUACAACCGGAGGUGCAUUUUGCGGCUGGGAACCUAAACCAUGGUGGAUGUGUCCAGGAGAUGUCAGAAGAUUUUUUGGAUGAGACAGAGACAUGGACGCAGUACGCUGGGAGAGAUGAUAGUAACAGAAGCGACAAGAAGUUCACUUGUAUUUUCUGCAUGACAUCUCAAUAAGAUAUGAAACACUACAACAGAUUCUGUAUCUUAUCUUAUCUUUAAUUUUUACAGACGUACAUAAUGGACAAAUGUGUAAUUAAAAAAAAUUUCCCCUGGACACAGUUUUUUUGUACCCAGUCUGCUGCAGGUUUGUCUUUGCAUCCUCCAUGUUUCAAGGUUCUUCUCGAGGUUCGUGUUGUCCCAGGGAGGCUUUUCACACAUCCGUCGUCUCUGGAUUGUUCAUUAUGGAUUAAAAUCAACUUUGAAUUUCUGUGAAGCUGUUCAUGUGUUGUAGGUCACACACACAGACUGUUUUUGGAGAUUUUUUUUUUUUUUACCCUUAAGUGCAUUUCAGUACAACAUUUAAGCCGAGAGAAAAUGACAAGAAAAUCAGUUUCAGUAUAAAAGAAGCUACAUUGAUUUGCAUUAGAAGUUUAAUUUUGAUUUCUAAUAAAUAUACAUUCCCAAU